AUGUCCUUAUCGAAGUCUUUAGAGAAUGCUAUUACCACUGGUAAUCUGGACUCCCUUACCGCUUUGCACGUACGACGACAUAUGAUUUUGCACGGUUUGAGCCACCGAAGUGACUCCGACGUCAUCGAGCAUAAAUUAGAACAGCAAGAAAAUGCUAAGUCGUCCAUAUUCAAGAUUGGCUCAAAAAGCGUAGUAGUUUCACUACCAGAAUUAUGA